CGUGCGCUGCUGUCAUGGCUGCCCCCAUGAACCUGUGUACUCACAUGGGACUCUAGUCCCGUGGGCGUCUUUACGGUACCUGUGGCCAUCAGACGCCGGCGACUUUGGACUCUCCUCCCGCGUGGGGCUCUGUUUUGGGUACAGCGAUGCUGGGGGCGAUAUGGACGCCGGAGCUGGCGCUUCUGAGGGGCUUCCCUACGGAUGGGGAGCUGCUGUUCAGGAAGCAGGAAGGCGUCUGUGGCUCAGAUAUUGGAGUUUUCUUAGACAUGCUGUUAGAAGGGAGCUAUGAGGCCGUGCUCUUACAUUCGGUGACACAAAGUAUUUUAAAUUCAACAACGGUGGCUGAAGAAAAGAUUGACAGCUACCUGGAGAAGCAGAUAGUAAAUUUCCUGGAUUGCUUUACAGACUUGGAAGAAAUGGAAAGACAGCAGCUGGUAUUCCUACUUGGUGUGAGCAGCUUGCAGCUUUUUGUUCAGAGUAACUGGACUGGCCCUCUCGUGGACUUGCACGCUCAGGACUUCUUGCCGUCUGUUCUGCUUGAGCAGUUCAGUGAGGUCAAAGGACUGGAUGCUGUUAUUAUGGGUCUACUCACUCUGGAUGGCGAAUCAGUCUACAGCUUGACUUCAAAGCCCAUACUGCUGUUACUGGCACGCAUUGUCCUGGUGAACCUCAGACAUAAACUAACAGCUCUGCAGAGCUUGCCUUGGUGGACUUUGAGAUGUGUGAAUAUUCACCAACAGUUGCUUGAGGAGCGCUCACCCCAGCUCUUUGCUCUUGCUGAAAACUGUAUUGAUCAAGUGAUGAAAGUAGAGAAUUUAUUUGAAGGUGAUUCAGGUCAACUUUUGGCUAUUCAAUUCCAUCUUGAAUGUGCACAUGUAUUUUUAUAUUAUUAUGAAUAUAAAGAAGCAAAAGAGCGGUUCAGUACUGCCAAAGACAUCAGCAAGUUACAGAUUGAUCUGACAGGUGCUUUAGGAAAAAGGACACGAUUCCAGGAAAAUUAUGUGGCACAGCUGAUUCUAGACGUCAGGAGAGAAGAGGAUGUCCCUUCCAGGCGUGAGUUCAGCGCGGCCCCCACCCCCCAGGAAUAUUUAACCAAGAACCUUGAGCUCAAUGAUGAUACGGUCCUGGAUGAAAUCAAGCUAGCAGAUAGUGACCGGUUCAGGAUGCCUGACCUGUGUGCGGAGGAGCUUGCUGUUAUCCUUGGAGUCUGUACAAAUUUCCAGAAGAACAACCCAGUUCAUAAGCUAACGGAGGAGGAGCUGCUAGCCUUCACAUCGUGUUUACUUUCACAGCCAAAGUUCUGGGCCAUUCAGACGUCAGCCUUGAUCCUGCGGACAAAACUUGAGAGAGGAAGCACUCGGCGAGUGGACCGGGCAAUGAGGCAGACACAGGCUCUUGUAGACCAAUUUGAAGAUAAAACUACAUCUGUCCUGGAACGUCUGAAGAUUUUCUAUUGUUGUCGAGUGCCCCCUCACUGGGCUAUUCAGCGCCAGCUCGCAGGUCUGCUGUUUGAGUUGGGGUGCACCACUUCUGCCCUUCAGAUAUUCGAGAAGCUGGAGAUGUGGGAAGAUGUGGUCGUCUGUUACGAAAGGGCUGGGCAGCACGGGAAGGCGGAAGAAAUCCUUAGGCGAGAACUGGAGAAAAAGGAAACGCCCAGUUUAUACUGCUUGCUCGGAGAUGUCCUACAAGACCAAUGCUGCUACGACAAGGCCUGGGAGCUGUCACGACACCGCAGUGCACGUGCCCAGCGCUCCAAAGCCCUCCUCCAUCUUCAGAACAAGGAGUUUCAGGAAUGUGUGGAGUGCUUUGAACGCUCAGUGAAGAUUAAUCCCAUGCAGCUUGGGGUUUGGUUUUCCCUAGGCUGCGCCUACCUGGCCUUGGAAGACUAUGGGGGCGCGGCGAAGGCGUUCCAGCGCUGUGUGACCCUGGAGCCUGACAAUGCUGAGGCCUGGAACAAUUUAUCUACUUCCUAUAUUCGAUUAAAACAAAAAGUCAAAGCUUUCAGAACAUUACAGGAAGCUCUCAAGUGUAACUAUGAACACUGGCAGAUCUGGGAAAACUACAUCCUCACCAGCAUCGAUGUCGGGGAGUUUGGGGAAGCCAUUAAAGCUUACCACAGGCUCCUGGACCUGCGGGACAGAUACAAAGAUGUUCAGGUCCUUAAAAUUCUGGUCAGGGCAGUGGUUAAUGGCAUUGCCGACCGAAGUGGAGCUGUUGCCUCCAGCCUCAGAGGCAAGCUACAGGAGUUGUUUGGCAGAAUCACUGCAAGAGUGACCAAUGAUGGCGACAUCUGGAGACUGUAUGCCCAAGUCCAUGGGGAUGGGCAGAGCGAGAGGCCUGACGAGAAUGAAAAGGCAUUCCAGUGUCUCUCAAAGGCGUACAAGUGUGCCACUCAGUCCAGUUGUUGGGAGAAAGAUGCUACAGCCUUUAAGGAAGUUGCUCAAAGAGCCAUAGGACUCGCAAAUGUGGCUAUAAAAUGCAGUGAGUGCAAAUCCAGUCCCCAGGAAGCUGUGCAAGCGCUUUCUUCAGUUCGGCUCAAUUUACGAGGCUUAUUAUCCAAAGCAAAGCAAAAUUUUACAGAUGUGGCAAGUGGAGAAGUUUCUGGAGAGUUAGCCAAUGAAAUAGCAGCUAUGAAUGCACUGGUGGCAGAGCUGCAAGACCUAAGCAACCAACUCCGAAACCGGUACUGAUCGUGCCAGAAGCAGGUUAUGGCAAGGGCACCUUUGACCUUUUGAAUUCCUCAAAAACCUGUGUCUCUGAAA